AAGAUGACUCUUGGUAAAGUCGUAUGUGUGCUGUAUAAUGAUCCUAUAGAUGGGUAUCCUCCUAAAUAUGCCCGUGAUGAUAUACCCAAUAUAAGUACCUAUCCAGGUGGGCAGACAACACCUACUACUAAAGGUAUACACUUUAAACCUGGUACUCUACUUGGUUGUGUAUCUGGUGAACUUGGUAUACGUCAGUUAGUUGAAGAUCAUGGUUAUGAGUUUAUAGUGACAUCUGAUAAAGAUGGUGAUGAUUGUGAAUUCGAGAAGCAUUUAUCAGAUGCAGUUGUAAUCAUAAGUCAACCAUUUUGGCCAGCUUAUAUGACUGAGAAACGUUUCAAGAUGGCACCCAAGCUAAAACUAUGUAUUACUGCUGGUAUUGGAUCUGAUCAUGUUGAUCUAGAAGCUGCUGCACAGAAUAAUGUCACUGUUGCUGAGGUUACCUAUUCUAAUUCCAUAUCAGUCAGUGAACAUGUCGUGAUGCUUAUAUUAAGUCUAGUACGUAACUAUAUACCUUGUUAUAAGACAGUUAUUGAAGGUGGUUGGAAUAUAGCUGAUUGUGUUAGUAGAUCAUAUGAUAUUGAAGGUAUGCAUAUUGGUACUGUAGCUGGUGGUAGAAUUGGUCAGGCUGUUCUUAAGCGUCUUAAACCAUUUGAUGUACAUCUACAUUAUACUGAUCAUUAUCGUUUACCAGAAGAUGUUGAAAAGGAACUUGGUGUUAUUUAUCAUCCAACUGUUGAGGAUAUGGUUAAAGUAUGUGAUGUUGUUACUAUAAAUUGUCCAUUACAUCCUCAAACAGAACAUCUUUUUGAUGCUACAUUACUAAGUAAGAUGAAACGUGGUGCAUAUCUAGUUAAUACAGCAAGAGGUAAGAUAUGUGAUAGAGAUGCUAUUAGAGCAUCAUUAGAAGCUGGUCAUCUUGGUGGUUAUGCUGGUGAUGUAUGGUUUCCUCAACCUGCACCUGAAGAUCAUCCAUGGAGACAUAUGCCACAUCAUGCAAUGACACCUCAUGUUAGUGGAACUACUCUAUCUGCUCAAGCACGUUAUGCUGCUGGUACUGCUGAGAUACUUGAAGCAUUCUUUGAUGGUAAACCUUUACGUAAUGAAUAUCUUAUUGUUGAUAAAGGACAACUUGCUGGUGCUGGUAAACAUUCAUAUACCCAAGGUGAUGUCACUAAAGGUAGCGAGGAAGCUUCUAAGUAUCAUAAGCAUACUAAUAUCCACUAUGAGAAUAAUGACGUAUUCUCAUCAUCAGAGUCUGAGAAUAAUAUCAAAAAGCGUAGAAUAUGAUGUCUUCAUUGCUCAUGUUCAAUCAAACCAAGGUUUUCAUGGACUUUCAGUCCUCAGAAUAUUCGACUUUUUCAUAUCGAGGGUUUUACCAUAUAGCUACACUCUGUAGUGAUGAUGAUGUUGAUCAUAUGAGUUUCAUGAUGUAGUAGACUUUUUAUU